AUGACAACCUCAGUGCACGGAGCUCGUAAUCUGAGUGCUGGGCUGUACGACCGAAUUGAGCUCCUUCCUGGAAAACUUGACUUCGCUUUGCUCUCGUCAAAGCCUACUGAAAAUACCACACAACAUGGUCAUUGCGAACAAGAGGACCUUGUCUGUAUGGACGGCGAUCUGAACUACGCUCGGUUCUUCGCAGACUUUGGUCCAUUGAACUUGUCGAGAACAGUGCGUUUCUGUCGCGAACUGGAGUCUCGCUUGGGUUCCAAUAAUGGUAAACGAGUGGUACUGUAUUGCAACGAUCACUCGCACAAGAGAGCGAAUGCGAUGACACUACUUGCAAUUUUCUUGGUCGUGGCUGCAGGCUUCACGCCUGAGUUGGCUGUAACUCGAGUGCUAAACGAUGGUAAACUACCUCCACCCUUCGGUUUCCGAGAUGCGUCAUACGGAAUAUGUACAUUUUUCAUCACUUUAUUAGACUGUGCUCGAGCCGUACACAAGGCGAUAACGACGUCACUUUGGAGCUACAAGACAUUUUCUAUCGACGAAUACGACCAUCUCGAUAGCUUAGAGAACGGCGACAUCAACUGGAUUGUACCUGGCAAACUACUUGCUUUUAGUGGUCCACAACGCGAACGUAUCGUUCUCGAUCCAGAAUCUGGAGCAACUACUUUGCUAGCUAAGGACUAUGCCGCUCUGUUCCGUGACAUUGGCGUCACUUGUGUGAUUCGCUUCAACGAGGCCACCACAUACGACCGCAAGGCUUUUAUCCACGCAGGACUACGACACAUCGACAUGCCGUUCCCGGACGGCAGCAACCCCAGCGACGAAAUCCUCUACAAGUUUAUCCGAGUGUGCGAACGCGAGACUGGGGCUGUUGCCGUCCACUGCAGAGCUGGUCUAGGACGCACAGGUACAGCCAUCGCCGCUUUUCUUAUGAAGAACUACCGUUUCUCCGCCACAGAAGCGAUCGCGUGGUGUCGGGUGUGUCGACCAGGCUGCAUCGUCGGUCCUCAGCAACAUUUCCUUGCUGUCAAACAGCCCGAACUCCAUUCUCUUCCUUCCAUCUUCGAAAUGCCACAACCUGUUGCCAAAACGCAACCAGUUUAUCAACCAAGGAAAAAGCUGCACAAAAAGUUGGAACGUUUGCCACGCCAAAGGAAAACGCAUAUCAGUUCAAGGUGA